GGGGGUUAAUUGGGAUGGAGGUGAGAUAUAGAGAAGCUGAGGAGAGAGGUGGAAGGUGGAGCUCGUCGGUUGGUGAUGGAGAGGGUAGCGGUGCUCCGGCAGCUCGUCGGUGAAAUUCAGGCGUUCCGCGACUUCUAUGAGCGAAGGAAUCUUGUGGUCUUUGUGGAGUAUCUAGUGGUUUCGUUCGGCGUUCUGGUUUUGAUUUCCGGCAUAUCCUCGGUUGAUUUUAGUUUGCUUUACGUUUAUUGCACAAGAUGCGCCGCCGCUUUAUUGACAUUAUUAUUUAUAUGCUUCUGCGAAGAGAGGUGGUGUUCAUUUGAUUUUGAUGGUAGUUCAAUUGAGGAUGAUUAUUGUUGUUUGGAUUUAGAAGAGAAAUCUGAAAUUGUUAAUAUGUUGGAAGCCAAUAUGAGUCCAAACAAAAGAUCACGGAGUGAAAAGAGUUGCAGAAUAUUGUUUACUAUUCCAAAUUUAAUCGGUACAAUGGAACAAGAAAUAUGGAAGGAACUCCCUGAAGAUCUUCAUGAAGCUGUGAUUGCACGACUUCCAAUAGCCACUUUGUUUCGUUUCCGCAUAGUAUGCCAAAAGUGGAAUUCCUUGCUGACCUCUAAUAGUUUCUCACGGCACUUUUCGGAAGUUCAGCUAAUGAAUCCGUGGUUCUAUACCAUUGUUCAUGACGGGUUUGGUUUUGAUAAAGUUGGUGGAGCCAUUUAUGACCCUUCUUUAAAAAAAUGGCACCACCUAUCCAUCCCUGGAGUUUAUCCGAAGAUGUUUCUGUCAGUGGCUUCAGCUGGUGGUCUUGUUUGCCUGUUGGAUCUCAACACCAGGCACUUCUAUAUAUGCAACCCUCUCAUUAAGGCGUUCAAAGAACUUCCACCAAGUUCUGCUCGCUUUUGUUCCCGUGUGGUUGUAGGAAUGGUUUUGACAGACAAUGCAACUAAUAGAAGUUACAAGGUAGUCUGGCUGGGAUGCAAUGGAGAUUAUGAGAUCUAUGAUUCUGUGCAAAACAGUUGGUCUCGUCGAGGAUCUUUGCCUCAAAGUGUCAAGCUCCCACUCUCCAUAAAUUUCAAAGCACAAACAGUUUGUAUUGGUAGCACAAUCUACUUUAUUCGAGCUAACCCCGAUGGAAUUUUGAGAUAUGAUGUCUCCACAGGCAUUUGGAAACAGUUCAUUAUACCAUUGCCUUUGCAUAUAUCGGACCAUACAAUUGCAGAGUGUGGUGGAAAGGUCAUGCUUGUUGGACUGCUCUCAAAAAAUGCAGCGACAUGUGUUUGCAUAUGGGAGUUGCAGAAGAUGACUCUUUUGUGGAAGGAGGUUGACAGAAUGCCAAAUGUCUCGUGCUUAGAGUAUUAUGGAAAGCCCGUAAAGAUGAGUUGCAUGGGAAAUCAGGGGAUGCUCAUGCUGUCGUUGAGAUCAAUAAGGUCUAAUCGUUUCAUCACAUAUGAUUUGUUCAAAAAGAAAUGGGAGAAGGUUCCAGACUGCACUCUUCCUAUUAACAAGAGGAAGCAGUGGAUAGCUUGCGGCACCGCAUUCUAUCCUUUUCCUACUGCUCUUCCUUGAUUAUGUUUUUUCAUCUUGCGAGGAGGUACAUGAAGACUCAAUAAUUCAUGCUUGGAUUCACAUCACCUCUACUCUGCUGAUGAAUAGGCUUAGAUUUUGUUCCUUCACUUCUUCUCUGUUGUGCUCAAACCUUGUUCUAAUCACACACUCUUUCUAAAUAUGUCAAUGCCAUUACCUUUACUGAGUAUUUUAGCUUUGGUGAUGGAGAAAACUUACAAAGUGUUGUGUAGAGAAGAAUCUAUGAAUGAGAGUAUUGAUAGAUUAGAUGAUUGAAGUAUGCAUUUAUUGAAAUCAUAUAGUUGAAGUUAUUAUAUUUA